GGCGGCGGCGGCGGCGCCAUUUUGCGGACGGCGAGCAGCGGCGGCGGCGCGGAGGGGUGCAGCGGAGGUUUUCCUGGUUUCGGACCCCAGCGGCCGGAUGGUGAAAUCCUCCCUGCAGCGGAUCCUCAACAGCCACUGUUUCGCCAGAGAAAAGGAGGGGGAUAAACCCAGCGCCACCGUCCACGCCAGCCUGACCAUGCCGCUCCUUAGCCUGCAUAGCCGCGGCGGCCGCAGCAGCGAGAAUUCCAGGGUCUCACUCAGUUGCUGUAGUAACCUGGGUCCGGGGCCUCGGUGGUGCUCCGAUGUCCCUCACCCACCCCUGAAGAUCCCAGGUGGGCGAGGGAAUAGCCAGCGGGAUCACAGUCUUUCAGCUAACUUACUGUACUCCGAUAAUCGGCUGAAUGUAACAGAGGAACUAACGUCUAACAACAAGACGAGGAUUCUUAAUGUCCAGUCCAGGCUCACGGACGCCAAACACAUCACCUGGAGGGCAGUGCUGCGCGGCGACAGCCUAUACAUCGAGAUCCCGGGCGGCGCACUGCCCGAGGGGAGCAAAGACAGUUUUGCAGUUCUCCUCGAGUUCGCUGAGGAACAGCUCCGCGCCGACCAUGUCUUCAUCUGCUUCCACAAGAAUAGAGAAGACAGAGCCGCGCUGCUCCGCACCUUCAGCUUUCUGGGCUUUGAGAUUGUGAGACCGGGGCAUCCCCUCGUCCCCAAGAGACCCGAUGCUUGCUUCAUGGCCUACACGUUCGAGAAAGAGUCCUCAGGCGAGGAGGAGGAGUAGUAGCAGCAGGCAUGGCCUGCACUCCGCUCUAGAGAUGGGGCUAGAGGCAGGAGCUCCUUCCUGGCAGCCCCUGGUGUCACUGCGGGGUGGGGUUGCCGCUGCUGUGCUGGGGGUGGAAAUGUCAGACUCGUUCAUCUCUUCUGGGUUUGUCGCAUGUUGUAAUUGUGCAAAUAAAUGCUCACUCCAAAUUAGCGGUAUAUUUCUUGAAGUUUAAUAUUGUGUUUGUGAUACUGAAGUAUUUGCUUUAAUUCUAAAUAAAAAUUUAUAUUUUACUUUUUUA